CCCCAUUCUGGCCUUGCCACCGGGGCCUCUAUAUAUAGUGCCCCCGUCUCAGCUCAUUGCUUCACAGAACACACAGCUCCAUCCCAGCCUCUGAUCGCUCGCUCUAGCUCAGUGUUAGGCUCCUAUUAGCUCUUGCUGUAGCUAGCCAACUAGCCACUCUUCCUUGUAGCCAACCUUCUGCUCAUCAGCGAUGGCCACUGCCGAGGUUCAGACCCCGACCGUCGUUGCGACGGAGGAGGCGCCCGCGGUGGAGACCCCGCCGGCGGCCGUCGCGGCCGAGGAGCCCCCCGCGCCGGCCGAGGCCGUGGCCGAGGAGGCUGCCCCCGCCGAGGCCGUGACCGAGACCAAGGAGGCGGAGCCGGUCGCCGAGCCGGAGGCGGAGGCGCCCAAAGAGCCCGAGCCAGCCGCCGUUGCCGAGGCGGAGCCAGCCGCCGCCGCGGCUGAGGCCGAGGCGCCCAAAGAGGCGGAGGCAGAGCCGGCGGCCGCCGAGGAGGCGAAGGAGGAGGCGGCGGCACCCGCCGCCGAGCCGGAGCCGGAGGCCGCCGCUCCCGCUGCCGAGGAGGCGCCGGCCGCCGCUGAGGAGGCGCCCGCCGCGGCCGAGCCGGCCGCCGCGGAGGUCGAGAAGGCCAGCGUCAGCGUGUGAUGAGGCCGCGCGCGACGGCGCCCACGGUGGCUGAUGGCUCGGCGUGGCAGCAGCGUGCCGGCGUGCGCACGUACACGGGGCACGUACGGGCUCGCUGUUCAGUACGCUACGGUUUACCUGUUCGUGUGUGUGUGGUACUAGCUAGCCUAUAGCAGUAAGCAGCUGUUGUGUGGGGGUCUGCGGGGCUGCGAGGAGUGGAGUGACGUGGGCUAAAUAAAGUGUGUCGUCGUGUGGUGGGUGGGGCCCGGGUGUCAGCGGCGCGGCGCCCCAUGACUGCCGCGGCAGCUUGUGUGUCUCUGUGUUCUUUGGUGUUCCUGUCUGUCAUGUAUGGGGCGUAUCGUGUAUUCGUGUCAUCAACCAUGUUUGCGUUUUCUGUUUUGGUUACGUUCAUCUGCGUUGUGUGAUACCAA